AAUGUGUCAUGCUCUACGAAUCCUAACAAAAAACAAAAGUCGCAUAGGAAAGGUUUGAACAGGUUCGGUGCUGUUGUAUUAUUUUGUUUUAUUAUUAUUUUUUUGUUGUGGUGGUGACUUAUAACUUAACUCUAAACUAGAUAAAGUACUUAUCGGAUCGAAGAUAAUUAUUUCGCCAAUAAAAGUGACAAUGUUCUAGCUUCCUAUUUAUUGUUUUGUUCAUUAAAGCUAUGGACGAAUCUUUGAGCUCUCAAAUUAUUGCUUACAAAAGUGUGAUCGCGGACAUCGAUGACUUUAUAGAUUAUUUAAUUUCGAUCAAUCUUUUAAAUGAAAAUGCAUAUUUAGACGUUUGGAAACGGCGACCACAAGAUCGACUCAAUGAAUUGUUUAAUAAGAUUCCUUUGAAUGGUAGUUCAGAGGCUGUUUUAAAGUAUCUGAAGGAAAACUACCCUCACCAUGAAAAGGAACUGGAAAAUGAGAGGAAUUACAGAAUAGCAUCUGUAAGGGGAAGCUUCCCAGAAUUGCCUCCUUACUACGUUUCCAGGAAAACCCUGGAUUGGAGGAAGCUGGUGGACGAAGUAAAAUUCAAACUCCAAGAUUUAAAAUGGGAUCAAAAAUUGGUGAUACACGGCAUGAUGGGGUACGGGAAAUCUUGCCUCAUUCAUGACGUCCUGAAAGAUGCGAAAGUGAGGGAAUAUUUCGACAACUAUUUAUUUUGGGUCAAUUUGGGCGAUUGUCACAGCAAGGAGGAUGUGUGGCAGCCCAUGUGGAGAUUGUAUACAGCAGCAAGUUCCAUCAUAGAAACGAAAACCUCUCACUGCCUCGAUGACGUAGACGGCUUAAAAAACUUACUAAAAAAAUUAUUUUUGGAAGAUAGACUGAAGAAUUCACUAAUCAUUUUAGACGAUGCUAGUAAAACGGAAGUAUUAACAUUUUUCGACAUUAAAGCUAAGACUGUAAUUACCACGCAGAAUAGGAGCAUAUUAGUGGGACGCAAUGUGACUUUUGUAGAGGUCAAAACAGGUUUUUCCUCCAAAGAAUCUUUGGAACUGUUCAAAAAGUCAUUGGAUGUCAAACACGAUCUACCGGUAGCCGCAGAAGAAAUUCACCACAUUUGCCGAGGCCAUCCAAUGCGCAUAUCGCUCAUAGGAUCCUACCUCAACGAAAAUGCCGAAGAAGCCCUGCACGGGGACCAUAUUUGGCAAUACAUCAUAGAUCAAUUCCUUAACGGACAAUAUGAACUCAACGAAUACACAAAUCCGCAAGACUUUCAUGGAAUCAUCGAUAAAUGCAUCGAAACACUGCUAACAGACGAUCUCAAAGAACUCUACAAAGACUUAUCCAUCUUCGAGCAGGACGUAAAUAUUCCUCCUGAAGUACUACAAAUCCUUUGGAACAAAACGUCGGACCAAGUCCGUAAUAUUAUGAGCACGUUGGCCGGGAAAUCGCUAGUAGUUAGAUUUUUCCACACGGGAUUAAAUAUAUACAUUUAUGGAAUCCACGAUGUGUAUUUAAGUUACCUCAAAGAAGAGACUAAGGGCAAUAGGAAGUAUUUACAUAGGAAAUUAUUGGAAGGAUACGACAAAAUAACAAAUUGUGAUUACACAAAACUACCCGACGACAACUACACUCUCCAGUUCAUCGGAUACCACAUGUACCACGGAGAGGAAUUCCACAAAUUCAAAGAAUUCCUCAAUCUGAACUUUCUGGAACUGAAAAUCAAAGCAGUAGGCACUGAAGACGUCUUGAGAGAUAUGUACAAGUACAGAAAGUACAUAACCAGAAACGAAAAUCAUUUGAAAGAGAAACUUAGACAGUACAACGACUUCAUCAAACGGUGCGGAAAGCAGUUGUACAGCUACAUGCAGACGAAUAUUGUUCAGUUUGCUUUGAAGGAAAACAAGGACAGCUAUGUCUUUAAGGAUGCCAUCAACAUAGCCAAAAAGUCUCCACAUCUUUUUUUUCAACUUCAGAAAUCUUGUGAAGAACUUGAUUUGAUUCAAAACAUUCCUAUAAAAGACGACAUCCACUCUGCAUGUUACGUGGAUAGUCCCAAUCACAUACUUAUCGGGACUGUUAAGGGCAAAAUCAAACUUUUUUAUGAACGAAGCGUCACAGAGAUAUCCAACUUCGUGGGCCAUGCUGGCGCAAUCACCAAUUUGAUUAUUAGUCCCGAUAAGAGGUACUUUCUGUCCAUAUCUAUCGACAGUACUAUCAUGCUGUGGAAGUUUGCCCCCGACAGUUCCAGAAAUAGUCGAGAUUUUUCGAAUGGAUUCGAAAGGGGACUGAUAGAAGCUGUCGUUUCUCCAAAAAAUAAACAAAAAAAUUGGCUGGACAUCCACACAGCCGAUGGCGGCCAAAUAAAGCCAAGUAAAACGUUCAAAGCUGAAGAUAGUGACGAUGCGUUAAUAUCUGCUGCCUUUCACACCGAAUUCCCGGAUAAAUUCAGAAUAGCUACUGCAAGCAAGAAGGGGAAGGUGUUCAUUUGGGAUGCGUAUCCAGAGAAACCUGCUCUUUUGUAUAGUACCGCUCCAAGGGGCUUUCCAGUCCCUUCUCUUCUGUAUUCCGAUGUUGCUGGUAAAGAAUCUGUCAUCUUCAGCUGCGAUGAUACUAUUUACGUUCUCUCAGUGAAAAAUGACAGGCUUCAGUAUCAAGACACGUUGCUUAACGGAGACCAAUGUAACUCGAUAUUCUUUUACGACAGCAAAUAUAUCGUUGUCGGUGAGAAAACCAUUACAAUGUUUGGAAACCGUGAAAACCGUUACAAGAAAAAGGUUAUUUUCGAAAAUGAAGAAGUACAGACAAACGUAUGCUCGACUCUCACGAAUGACAACCAGUAUUUGGUAGUUAGUACCGAUCAGAAUUUUGUGUAUAUAUGGGAUCUUGAUCAGGAGAGGAUUUUAAGGGAGUUCGAAAAUAAAGGAUUGGCCAAGUCUAUGGAUACGUUCUACGACGAUGAUCGAUCCGUUCACCUUUUAUUGAUCAGCUCGGAUAAACGAAGCUUGCAGCAAUGUCAUAUUCAGCCAUACGAACGCGAGCCUCAGGUCGAUAUUCCUAUUUUCACGCCAUACUGGAAGAAGAAGACCGCUAUGACGGCAACGUCCACUAACGAUCAAAAACUUCAGAUAUUCGCCGGCUACAUUCUAAUCUCAGAAAGUGAACCGGCAAGUUCCCAGAUAACAUGCACCUGUUUCUCAGUGUCCGGCAAUGACGUCAUCUACGGUUUAAAAAACGGAGAAAUUCGCCGCUUUAACAUACGUUUCAAAUUUGAUACCAUGCUAGAGGCCGGAACAUCAGUCCCAGUGACUUACUUGAAGUGUUUUGAUCCCAGUAACAGUUAUAGCUACGGAAGAAGCUCAGUUAGUUCUGGGGGAAGCACGGAUACAUUGGAUUAUUUAGAUACUGAGUUGGGUGUCAUUGUUGCUAUGUACGGCAACGACAAUAUAACUAUACUCAAUAAAGGAGAAACAUUCAAAACAACUCUAAGCCAUCCGUCCAUAUAUCCUUUCUCCGAUAAACUACUUAUCAUCGAUUCAGCUUGUAAUAUUUACACAUGGCACCUCGAGACAGGCUAUUUGAUCAGCAUUACAAACAAACACAUCUUAGAACCAGUGACUUUCAACGUGGGAGCCUUCAGUCCACACAAAUCACUUAUAGCUGCUCUCUUCGAUCAAUUAGGCACCCAUUUUUGCCAUAUAUAUUAUUUAGAUGUGGAAACUGACUCAGUGAGGUUGUUGAAGAGGUUCAGAUUUACUGAAAAAAUGACGACUGCCAAAUUCUCCUGUGAUGGAUCGCUCCUAGCGAUCGGAAUGGCCAGUGGUAGUAUUAAGGUAUAUAAUCUAGACGAAAAUUACAAAGAAACUGUUCUAAAUCUUCACGAAGAUCCCAUACAAGAUUUAAUCUUUUCUCCACACAAAGAACCUAUAUUGGUAAGUAUGGGAGAAGAAAUUGCUUGGUGGAACCUGAGGCCAUUACAGAAAAAUGAAAGAAAAGGAAGGAAAAGGCCAAAUAGCAUUGAUAUACUAGAAGGCCUUUCAUCUGAUUUCAGCUCCAUGGACAUAACGUUCUGGUCAGAACGGCAGCCAGUCAAAGGUUCGCCGUAUCUUCUAUCUAUCAUUAAUUUGACAGAUAAAGUAAAGUACAUGUCGGCUUCCAACGACUUCAAUUCCUUCCUAACCAUCGACGUAACGGGAAAAGUUCAUAUCAUGGAUAUCAUACUGCCUGCCUGUGAAGACCUCUGAAAGAGGAACGUGCAAUAUGAGGUUGUUUUUGUUGUUGAUAGUACGUUGACUUCUGGGUCGUCUUCUUUUCGGUUGCUCCCCAGCAAUAAUUACAAGAAAACUCCUAAUUCUUGUCAUAGUUAUGGAAAAGAAGACGAUUUUAGUCCAGUCAGCGUUCUAUUUAGGGGUUGGGUGGUUGAAUAGCUCAAAUAUAAUGCGGGUUAUUUAUCCUUUCUAACAUGAUCUCAGAGUAUUGUUCUUAAAAGAAGAGGAAUCGGUUCCUCUAUAAUCCUAAUUGGACCCUGUUGAUAUUUUACUGUAAAAGUUUUCUGGGCUUAUCCGAGGAAAUAAGUACUUCAACUUCUAGUUUUGAUCGUUAUUUGUGUCUCUUUGGUAUAUUUUGCUCAACGUUUUGACAUUUUUUAGAAAUAUAUAUUUCAAGAUGUAAUUUAAAGAAGAAAGUCAACCCGUGGGAAUAUAUAGUCCGUCCGCUAUAACUUUUCCCAUGCGGUACGAUUCAUUUUCAAUCAAAUUAAGUCAAAACAUAAAUUGAAACGAACGUCGAUGUGUAUAUACAUUUUGUAUACUGUAUACUAUAUACUACACACAUCGGCGUAAAUAAUAUUUGAGUUAUCCUCCCACUCAAAAAGGUCCGGAACAUUGUUUAAAUAAUCAAAAUGUCAAAAAAUUAAGGAAAAAUUCGAUUUUUUUUCUUCGUUUUUUGAUUAUAACUUUUAAAGUAUUCGUUUCCCAGAAAAGUUGAACUAACAUAAAAGUUGCAUAAUUAGAUUCCCUACAACAACAUAAGAUUAGUUAAAAAUUUUAAAAAACGUCACCCUUGUUGCCAAAUAGCAAUAAUUGCGAAAAAAACCAUAAAAAAACAAGUAUUCGCAUUUUACGUUUUUCAACCAUUUAUGCUACAUUUAGGACCUUCUUAUUUCACCCAGAAAAACAAUAUGAUAUAAUAAAACAAUUUUAACUAUUUAGAAUGGGAAAUAAGCCACAAUAUUAUUAAAAAAUGAUUUUUAUUAUUAACGUUUCGACGCCCAAAUCGGGUGCCGUUGUCAAAAUACAAAAUACUAUUAAUAUAAACAAAAAUGUUGUUGCUUAGUAAAAAAAUUCUUCUAAUAAUUUAUUUAAUUUGACUCAUUUAUAUUGGCAAUUCAGAUACAUAUGAUACAUUUUAAAGUAGAAGACUUUAAAAUGAUAUUGCCAAUAUUUAUGAGUUGCGUUCCUGGGACGACUUUACUGAAAGAUAGUUCAUUCGAUUACAUGAAAUCAACCCCAACUCAAGAAUAUCCGUCACAAAAAAAAAAAAAAAAAAAAAAAAAAAAAAAAAAAAAAAAAAAAAAAAAAAAAAAAAAAACAGCAUGUGAUUUGUCUUUAAAAAGACAACCACAUGCAACGGUGACAUUAAAAUUCUCGCGUUAGAGAUCUCAUAGUAAAUCACGAGGGAAAACCAGGAAAAACCUCGUGAUACUAUCCCGAUUUCAUGUAAUCGAAUGAACUAUCUUUCAGUAAAGUCGUCCCAGGAACGCAACUCAUAAAUAUUGGCAAUAUCAUUUUAAAGUCUUCUACUUUAAAAUGUAUCUGAAUUGCCGAUAUAAAUGAGUCAAAUUAA